AUGCCAAUUGUGGUGAAGGAGCUCUGCUCAAAGCCGCCUCUCUUCCCCUGCAUCCUUUAUGGCCCCACGUGCGAUGCCUUUGACAAGUUCUACAAUGAGGAGGUGCAGCUGCCUGAGCUGGACGUGGGUGACUGGCUCAUCUUCCCCUCCAUGGGCGCCUACAGUUCAGUCAUGAGCUCCACCUUCAAUGGCUUCCCGCCUGCGACCAUCUGCUACAUGAUGGGACCUGAGCUCAGGAGCCUGCUGGAGACAGCGCCUUAA